UGCUUCUUCAAUAUUAGCAGCCACCAUGGCCCCAACACAAUCAAAACCCAUCUCCUGCAUUGCUAAUAAACCCACCAUCACCACCAAAACACAUGGCCACCCACACACUCACAGCUACUCUCUGCAACUCCUCUCUCAUUAAAUCCAAUUCAAAGUUCACGUUUUUUGGCACCAGAAUCAUUACUAGAACUCAAAAGACUCAAACUUUAGCUAUGGCCACAGCCCCAACUGCUGCCAAGGUGGCCCCAGCUGUGAUUGUUGGUGGUGGAAGGGUGGGAAGGGCCUUACAAGAAAUGGGUAGUGGUCAGGAUUUGCUGGUGAAGAGAGGAGACCCUGUGCCACUUGAUUUUGAGGGUCCCAUUUUGGUUUGUACAAGAAAUGACGAUCUUGAUGCUGUUCUUGAAGUCACACCUAAGUCUAGAUGGAGCGAUUUGGUUUUUUUCCAGAAUGGGAUGCUGGAGCCAUGGUUUCAAAGUAAAGGUCUUGGUGAUGCAGACCAAGUGCUGGCAUAUUUUGCUGUCUCAAAGCUUGGAGAACCUCCUAUUGAUGGAAAGACUGAUACCAAUCCUGAAGGAUUGACUGCAGCAUAUGGAAAAUGGGCGUCUGCAGUAGCUGCUAGGUUGCAUGCUGGAGGUCUCUCCUGUAAGGUUCUUGACAAGGAAACUUUUCAGAAGCAAAUGUUAGAGAAGCUGAUCUGGAUUUCAGCAUUCAUGCUUGUUGGAGCUCGUCAUCCAGGGGCAACUGUUGGUGCUGUGGAGAAAGAAUUCCGCUCUGAGGUGUCUAGCCUUAUCGCAGAACUUGCUUCUGCAGCAGCUGCAGAAAAAGGAAUAGUAUUUGAAGAAGCUAUUGAGGAAAGGUUAUGUGCUUACUCACGUGCUGUUGCCCAUUUCCCUACAGCUGUUAAGGAGUUUAAAUGGAGGAAUGGCUGGUUCUAUUCUCUCUCCGACAAGGCUGUUGCUGAAGGGAAACCUGAUCCUUGCCCCCUACACACAGCUUGGCUUAAAGAGUUAGAAGUUGUCUAGCAUGUGGACUUUUACUUUGUCAAUGGACUGGAAUACACCCUUCUCAGAGUGUGCCUCUGAUGGGCUCACAAUUUUCUUUCUGUCCCUUUUCUGUUUUCCAAAUUGACCUUGAAAUAAAGUUCACUGCAAUUCAUUUCA